CAUCAAUCGAAGAACAAGAAUGCAUAGGUAGUCGCUACGAAUACUCUACGACGAUACCGAUAUAGUGUGGAAACUUAUCGAAGCCUUUUAUUCUUGUUCUUGAAUUUUCAACAGCCCAGCCCGCUAGUGUCUAGGUCUCCCCCAUCGGUUAGUGCACCUGUAGCAGAUAUCCAUGCUAUAAAUUGGUAAACAUCGAAACAUCGCACUCUACCCUCUGGGCACUUAUUCAUCGAUAUUACUAUCAAGAUGAUACAGCCUUGAGCCUUAAGUACUAUGUAAACCUACCUGCUUAUACUAUGCAGUAUUUAGGUCGGUUCAUAGGAACGCGUAUGACCUAUCGUUCUUAGCUUAGGAAGACGUUAUCGGGACCAGAUACCUCUGCAUUUAAUAACGCCGGGAAUGGCCGAUCAGAAUCGACUUCGGAAACGAACCCGAUGAUUCGCUAAAGAUUACCAUCCCGGUCCUCACUAGUAGGUAGGCCGAUAUCUACUAUAGUACAAAGACUAUGGAAUUACCACACGACGAGGAGCCGUUGCUUCGAACUGCUCAUCCAGAGUCAAGUCGCUGUCAAAAUUAUUCCACUAUGACUUCUGCAGAGGAGAUCCCGGUAGCCGCCGUGUCUAACGGUGCCGGCGACGAUGUAGUUGGUAAUAUCGAUAAGAAUGAAGCUCGUCGUAUAUUACGGCGCAUCGAUUGGCGCAUCAUGCCGCUUCUCUUUCUUACCUACGCCCUGAAUUUCAUGGAUAAGACUAUUUUAUCCAGCGCCGCAGUGUUUGGUCUAAGGCAGGAUACUCAUCUCAAAGGGUCGAAUUACUCUUGGGUCUCUAGCGUCUUCUACUUUGGCUACUUUCUUUGGGCUUAUCCCACCACUCUGUUGAUCGCUCGCCUGCCGAUCGCUAAAUAUCUAGCUGUCAACGCUUUUGUCUGGGGUGCGGUAGUCGCCUUGACGGCCGCUUGCACCAACUUCGGUGGUCUCAUCACGGUGAGGUUCUUCCUCGGCGUUGCUGAAGCGACCGUCUCCCCAGCUUUGAUGUUCAUCACAUCUACGUGGUAUACCCGAGACGAGAUCCCAACGAGGACUGGCAUCUGGUUUGCGGGGAAUUCUGUCGGCGGCAUCGUCUCAUCACUCCUUGCUUAUGGACUUGGUCACAUCACCGAUAACGUCCAUCCGUGGCGUUGGAUGUUCAUCGUCCUCGGUAUUGCAACGUUCCUACUCGGAUUUGGAGUACUCUUUCUACUGCCGGACACAAUUUCGAACGCUUCGUUUCUGACGCCUCAAGAACGGCAAUGGGCUGGCGACAGGGUUGUAAUAGCCGGUACAGGUCGCACGGAGAAAACUACCUGGAAAUGGGAUCAGACCGUGGAGUGUCUACAAGAUCCCAAGACGUGGUUGAUCUGGUCUAUCGCGUUACUCUGCCAAAUCCCUAACGGCGGUACUCAGAAUUUCGCCAACUUAGUAAUCACCUCGUUUGGAUUUACGUCGCUUCAGUCAACACUUAUUAAUAUUCCCUAUUCUUUGAUUUCCGUCAUGGCAAUUUCCGGAACCGGGUGGCUAGCCGGACAUUUCCGGUCGCUGAAUUGUAUCCUCAUCGGUCUGAUCGUUAUCCCGCCCGUUGUCGGCUCUGCGCUGAUCGGGAAACGAGGCUCGAUCCCUCACGGCGCUUCCCUAUUCGGAUAUUUUCUUCUAUCUACGGGACCGGCAGCGCUGCCCCUGCUUCUGUCCCUUAUCCAAUCUAAUUAUCGCGGCGUCACGAAGAAGAUGACAAUGACGGCAAUGUUAUUUAUUGCUUAUUGUACUGGAAAUAUUGUCGGCCCUCAACUAUUCAAAUCUACCGAGGAACCUACCUACGACACGGCAUUCCGCGCUAUCAUGAUCUGCUAUGCCUUAGUAGUAUGUCUCGCCGCGGUCCUUAGGCUUUAUCUACAGUUUGUCAAUACGCGAAGACAACGAGAGGAGGGAAUCGAAGGAAGCGCCGGAGCGUCAGGUGCAGUUGGAGGUGGUAAGGUAGUCGACGUUGUCGAUUCCCGUAACGUGACCGAGGCUGUGAACGAAGUCCAACUUAGACCGGAGGAUUACGAGGAUGUGUCGGAUUGGAAAACUUUCGGUUUCCGCUAUAGGCUCUAGGAAUUUGGUUAUCCAUCGGAUCCAUGGAUUCCGCCGAGGACGAAAACGAUUCUAAUGAGCAUACCUACCUAUUGUACAAUCUAGGCACAGAAAUUCUGAACAUGCCCAUCGGCAACACGUUCUUUCUGCUCUAACUGCUCCAACCCCGGAAGUUUCCAAUGUCAGUAACAAGUAUCUACUCAGGUGUCUACCAAGGUAUAUACUAGAUACUAGUUACUCGAUAUAGAGAAACGACUUUCAAGGUUGAUCUUUAACUCCAUCUGUACAGACACUGGAUUGGACCUCUACGAUUUGCAACUGGCAUCUAACGCCACCAUUUCCGCCACAUAGAAUCCCAUAGAAAUCUACAGAAACCCCCUACCUCCAGAACCACGUCAUUAACCCUCAUCGAUCUAAUCACGAAAAAACGUGUCCAGAAUAGGACACGGUCUGAUAAAUGACCUAGCAGCCCAUCAUGUCUUUCCCAGACUCUGAUUCGCGAGAUCUCCGGCAUCAUAAUUCCAAUUCUAAUAUUGUCAUACCGAUCACACCCUACCCAAGAUACGAAGGAGGCUCAAGGUAAGCUUA